ACUGGCUCUUCCGUCUGAUGGCAAUUUCCCUAGAACAGGAAACUGUUUGGGCGGAUCGCUUGGAGUUUGCGAUCUUCACUUCACAUAAAACGCACCCUAGACCACUCAAGACCACCGAAACGUGCGCGUCGUGCUACAACAGAAAAUGCUGCUCGUUGCGUGUGUCUUGUGCUUCAGCCAGGUGGCUUGUGCUCUGACUGCAAACGAAGAUGCUACCGAAGAUGUCGAUCUUGAGGACGGCAUGGUUUCACAACUGGAUUUAGGCAACGCUCCGCGCAGGGUGCCGCGACAGGUGAAAACACUUUUGAGCAAGGAAACUAAACCACAUAUUCAGGAACUUUCGAUCCAAACCACCAUCAUGUCGCGGUACGCGUUCACCGCGGUGUCCUGUACGAUGCUGAACAGAUACAGCGCCGCAACCGAGGGAGUCUUCCAGCUCCAAGUUCCAGCGGCCGCCUUCAUUUCCAACUUUACAAUGAUCGUGGGAGGGAGAGUUUUCCCCAGUCAGAUAAAGGUGAAAAAGAAGAAUGGAGACAAGAACAGAGAUGAGAACAAUGGCAGAAUGAAGAGCAAGAAGUCAGCAGAACGCAGUGAGGGAGAGGCUGAGACAUUCCGCAUGGCCAUCACCGUCCCAGGGCGCAACCGUGCCGUGUUCCUGCUGACCUACGAGGAGCUGCUCGUGAGGCGAUUGGGUUAUUACGAGCAUGUGACCAGUGUUCGGCCCAUGCAUUUGGUCAGCAGGCUGAAUGUGGGCGUUACCAUCGUGGAGCACAGCCGAAUCAAGUACCUUGACGUCCUGCCUUUACGAAAUGGCAAAACAUCACCCUCCAGUGGCACGGCAAGACGAACGGCCACCAUGCCUGUGUCAACAGUGGUCAGGCAGAACGAGACUUUCUGCAAGAUCUCCUUCACCCCAAACAUCGUUCAGCAGGUCAAGAUCACCAACAACGGCAUACUGGGAGAUUUCGUGGUGCGCUAUGAUGUGGAGAGAGAAAUGGGGAUUGGGGAUAUUCAGGUGCUGGACGGACAUUUCGUACACUAUUUUGCCCCCAAAGACUUGCCCAUCGUCCCUAAAAAUGUUGUGUUUGUGAUCGACACCAGUGCCUCCAUGGUUGGCACCAAGAUCAGACAGACUAAGGAGGCCCUCUUCACCAUCCUGAGGGACCUGCGGCCGAACGACCGGUUCAAUUUUGUCACUUUCUCCAGCCGCAUCCGGGUGUGGCAGCCGGGCAAGCUGGUGCCCGUCACGCCCAACAACGUGCGCGAUGCCAAGAAGUUCAUCUACAUGAUCUCCCCCACUGGAGGAACAGACAUCAACAGAGGCAUCCAAGCUGGCUCCUUGUUGUUAAGCGAAUACCUGUCUAGCCAGGAGCACACCAAUGGCAACAGCGUGUCGCUCAUCAUUUUCCUGACAGACGGCCGGCCCACGGUGGGCGUGAUCCAGACACCCAGCAUACUGGGGAACACGAAGACAGCGGUGAAGGAGAAGUUCUGCAUCUUCACGAUCGGCAUGGGCAAGGACGUGGACUACAGACUGCUGGAGCGCAUGGCCCUGGAGAACUGUGGCACCAUGAGGAGAAUUCCCGAAGAGGCUGACACUAGCACCAUGCUGAAAGGCUUCUACGACGAGAUCGGCACCCCUUUGCUGUCGGACAUCCGCAUGGAGUACUCCGACGACGCCGUCGAGUACGUCACCCGGAACCACUUCCCCAACUACUUCAAUGGCUCGGAGAUCGUCGUGGCCGGCAGGCUACACAACCGCAGCGCAAACGCGCUGCACGUACAGGUCACCGCCAGCAACAGCGAGCACAGCCUCACCAUGGAGACGGAUGUGUCGCUGGGCGAGCGUGAGCGGCAGACCAGGCGGCGGGUGAAGGAGGCGGAGGCGGAGGCGGGCGUGGGAGCCGACGGCUACGUCGAGCGCCUCUGGGGCUUCCUGAGCGUGAAGGAGGGCCUGAAGGGCCGCCUCCGUAGCCAUGGCGGCGCCGAGCGUGAGAACUUCACGCGUCGUGCCGCCGACCUGUCGCUGGCGUACAACUUCCUCACGCCGCUCACGCAGAUGCUGGUGGAAACGCCGCAGGUGCUCGCCGACGGGACAGUAGCCCGGGCGGAGCCUGCUGGAGGGCCGCCCCCUGACGACUCAGGCAUGGCCAAUCGGCUGCUGGAAUGGGAGGAGUCCGCCGGAGACACGCCUCAGAGCCUGCACAGGAAGAAGAAGGAGGAGCUGCAUCAGAGCUCCGUGGUCGGCACAGGGACAAAUGGAAUUAAAAAACCCACCAAAAAGUCUGUCACCUUCUCCAAAACAUCUGCGGACGGAGAUCCUCACUUUGUGGUGGAGUUCCCCCACAACAAACUCAACGUGUGCUUCAAUAUCAACGGAGAGGCAGGAGACAUCCUGAGGCUGGUCACUGACCACAAACACUCUGGUGUGACUGUGAAUGGUAAGCUGAUUGGGACUCCAGCCCCUUCUGGCAGCCACAAACAGCAGCGCACGUAUUUCGGCUCCAUCACUGUAGUCGUGGAUAUGCCACGGCGCUCCUACAUCGAGGUGACGCCACACAAGGUCAUUUUGGACAGCCGUGAUCGCAUGGUCCUCCCCUGCAGUUCCAGCAUCUCCGUGGAGAGCGAGAGCCUGAGUGUGAACAUUGCUGCAAAUGCCAGUGUCACGGUAACGAUACAGGCAUCAAUCCAAUUCGUCAUUUUGUUGCAUGGCUACAAAAACCCUGCCCCUUACCAGCAGGACCAUCUAGGGUUCUACAUCGCAAACAAGAAGGGACUGAGCAAGGACACACACGGGCUGUUAGGUCAGUUCCUGUAUGAAGAAGUUGCACUUAUCCAGCUUCAUGGAAACAUCACUGUGGCAACAGGAAAUGACAUGGGGGGAGCAGGUCCUGCCCCAGGCAACGCCGAGCCUGAGCACACAGGCCUGAAGGUGAAGAAACGGACCGUGGAGGUGGUGAAGAAGACCAGACGCAUCUACUCCGGGACACACACAGUGGACUGCUGGUUUGCCAAAAAUAAUGCAGCUCAUCUGAUCGAUGGCCAGUACCAGGACUAUGUAGUCCCCCACCAAUUUGAUACAGGACACUGGCCUCAUGGGAACAACAUGCACUGACACACACACACACACACACACACACACACACACACACACACACACACACAUACACAAAGAGAAUAAUGGCUCUUCUGGAUUAACUGGUACCUACACACAAGUCUGUGGGAGACUUGAACUAUUCACACAUUCUAUAUGCAUUAUGUGCAUUAUAUCUGUCUCAUGCUUGGAUUUAAUAACUACUGCAUCAUGUUUGUAUGUUUCACCUUUUAUACCUAAAUCUAAUGUAAAAUGAAUAAAUUCAGUAUAAAUAAUUAUUCUACACCGACAUGGUGCAUUAAAACAUACUGACACUGUAAAUCAAAUAUUUUCAACACUUUUAAGGUUUCUGUAAUUUGUGAUUUGUAACUUUUCAAUGGGAAAUAAACGUUGGCUCUUUAAGGUG